CGCGAACCGUGACGUUGGCGCGAGCGCGAUGGGCGAAUGCGAGCCCGUCGUGAUGGACAAGAGGGGGCUCGUGGAGAAGGUCGGUUGGCCGUGGAUGACCGACCGCAAGCGCCAGCUCCGCGACCCCGCGCACUUCGCGGCAUCCCCCCACGCGCGCCCCGGCUCGCCCCUCGCGACGCCGUUUCUGGACCUGACCCAACUCCCGCCGCGCGCCGGGCCGAGGCCGGUGACCCACGACAAGUGCCCGCACGGCAUGCUCGAGCAUCAGUCCCCUCCGGAGAUGCUGGAGCGCUUCAAACGCGCGGCGACGGAGGCGAUGCGCGCGAAAGGGGACGUCGCCGUGGGCGCCACUACCGUCUCCAUCCAAACAACCUACCCGUGCUUCCACCUCCAUCCCUCGGUGCCGCUGCCGCCGGGGUUGAUCGAGUUCCGGGAGUUCGCGCACGUGCACGCGCCCUUCGUCGACGGCGAGGGAUGGACGCACGCGCAGGGCGGCGGUGGGGGGUCCACGCACCUCUGCGUGUCGCACGCCGACGCGAGCGCGCUCAUCGAGCGCGGGUGGGGCGAGUGGCAUCCGGUGGCACAGCCGUCCAUGCCGCACGUGAUGGUGUACGCGCCUAGGGACGAGGGGGAGCUGAGGGUGGCGCUCGCGGCGCUGGAGGCGAGCUACGCGUUCGUGACCAGCGCCAAACGAUAGCGAGCGUGGACGUGGGCCGGCCCGCAUCGUAGUGAGCGUCGGCGGCGACGGCGCUCUGUUAAGGACGGUUCACUUUCUUC